GCUCUCGGCUUCCCGGCUUUGGCCCGUUCGCGAAGGGGCUCAGAAGCACGGCUCUUAUACGUUACACGCACAGAAUCAUCUGGGGCACAUCGCGGCAGACCCCGGACAUAGUAACAUAAGCUCGCCCGGCAUCGCCGAUCGUGAUUCGCGUAUUAUCACCGUCGAUUUCUCGAUCGACACACGUACCUCUAACAAAUACACGCCCGGUUCCUACCGCUAUUUCGCACGUGGAAAAGGGGAUUCCUAGUUAUACAAAUUCACGCGCGUUUCAAAGUUCGAGCCUGUGUGUUGUAGGCAUUCGGUCUGGCUCGGUGUCUAGUCGAUCACUUCAGUCACGUUCAUUUUCCGUUUCUCUCUCUCUCUCUAUAUAUAUAUAUAUAUAUCUCUCUUUCUCUCUGUCUCUAAUUAUAAUGACAGUAUAGUAACAACGAAGGAAUGUCUAUGUGGUGAAGAAUUGAAGUAAAAGAAGAAAAUCAGUUAGUAAAUAACAGCCGGUGAAUUUCGUAACUUUUUUAUUCAGCCUUCGGCACCGAGUUUAAUAUUAUAAUUGCUAGAGAGUUUAUUAACGGGACGUGCAAGUGGAUACAUUGAAUAAUCCUGUAAUUUUUACCGCAAGCCGCAAGUCGCAUACCUCAUUUAAAUCGCCCUAAAUCGUAGACUAACUGUCAAGAUAUGUAACGAAUUGAACAAAAAAUUUGAAAAAAAAAAAAAAAACUUUUUCUCCGAGUGUUGUGAACAGGUAACAAACGAACCGACCUAAGGUUUAACCGCUGCAUGCGAUCAGUGAGUGUUAGUGUUGUGGGUGUAACUCAUUUAAUCUUCGACCAAGCAACAUGAUACUGCGACUUACAGGUGUUUUUUUAACGGUCCUCGUGAUGGCCGCGAAUCCUGAACCCUGCUCGGAAUACGGCUGUCCGCACCCUCCUCGACACGAGCCCUUCUUGCCAGCUCUUCCUGGACAUACACCAAGAUGCGCAAAACCCGGACAAACCUUCUGCGAAAGGCUGGACCACUAUCCUCAACAGCUGAUCAGGUUCCUAAUCGACAAAUGGAGUUUUGACUACAACACGCUAUUAAUCGACGAAUCUCGGGACGGCUUCAACUCCUACAGGUCGAAGGGAACCGGAAUACCACAGAGGUUACAACUACCAACGACCGGAAGUACCUCAGCUGUAUCCACAACCGUUACCGUUCCUCCCAUCGCAAUACCCCUUCAGACCACCCGCACCAAUUUACGGACCUCCGACCAACAAGUCCCAGCAGGGGUACAGCUAUCCGACACCGUCCAGGUCGCCGAACAACCCGUUCUUGCAGCCGGCUCUAGGAGUUUCGCAUCAUCCGCUUUCGCAGCAUCUUCCGCAGCAUCGUCAUUCCCAUCAACAACAAGAAAGUCCGUUCUUGUACUCCGAAGUCCAGGCUCUAGAUCCCCUUGGACAGCCUCAAGGCUGGUGGCCAGACAGGUACACUCGGAGCAGCGCGAAGAGCGGAGCAUUGAGAAAACGUCCUCGUCGAUCGCCGCGUGUAAAUCCUCUCCUGGAGUUUGCCGCCUCGAAGAAGAGCAGAUCUCGUCGUCAGGCGAACGCCUCGAGCCAAGCGACCCCGCUUUGCCCCACCAAUUCGCAGUUCAUCAUGCCCAAAGCAGCGCUGAACAACCGAGGCAACUGGAUGUACGUGGUGAACCUACAGGAACAGGGGGACAAGUACACCCAGCUGGUGAAAAGCGAGACGUGCGCAUCGGAUACCUGCAACGGCUUGUGCACGCUACCAACCGGAUACACGAGUAGAUGUCAACAGCAAUACGUGCAGAAGAGGCUUGUAGCUUUAGAAGGCAGCGGGGACCGUCUUUAUACCGACGUUUUUUGGUUUCCACAUUGCUGCACAUGUCAGAUCACCUCGAACAACUGAUUCUUAGAAAUAAUUCAAUCAAUCAACUGCGAUGUCUCGAAAUGUAUAAUAAGAAUGGGGAAGAUUAAUGUUCCCGAAGAAAGUUGAUUUUAUUUUUCCGAGGGGACGUCAUUUGCCAUCGAUCAAAUUUCUCCAACUCAAUCUGUCCUCCAGAAAUUUUAAUUUCAAUCCUUUUUCUUUCAAUCCUUAGAUAGAUGUUUCGUUUCACUUCAUUGUUUAGCUUUCAUUCAACAGAUUGCAACCAAACCGAGUAACAUUUUCCUACAGUACAUUUCCUGUAUAUACGUUUACUGAUUUUGGAAAUAUUGCAAUGAUUGAUUGAAAUGGGACAUUAUGUACGUAUACGUGAUCGUCGAUACGGUUGAACGUUUGUCAGAAUUAGAAUAUAAAGACAUAUAAUAAUAACAAUGUUCCUCAGAUACGACACUGUAGAAUCUCAAGAGGAUUUGCAACUGCGUCUGAGAACUCAAAUACGGUAAAUCACUAAUAUUUAAGUAUAUAAUAAUUUGACAAUACGAAACAAAAAUUGGAAUGAGAGAAAAAUAUUACAAAUGAGAUUUUGGAAUUUUAUCUGCUUCCGAAUUUUUUUUUUGUUUUCUUUUACUCACUUUCUACGGAUCAAUUAGAAACCAAAUUCGAAUUACUCAAUUUUUACAGUCGGUAAAAUGAAAGUCUCAUCUUAAAUUUUCCGGCGGCUGUCGAUAAGUUUGCCCUCAAGUUGUCCUACAGGUUCAACGAAACUUUCCCGUAGAUGUCGCUACCGUAGUAGUUUUAUCUUGAGCUACGUGAAAAAAGAAUCUAGGUAAAAAAUACUUCCUGUAUUCAAUUUGACGAAGAAUCCUCAAGUUCAUUGGCCUGAUUUCCGUAAGUUGCGAAGGGACGAGAGAAUUUAGAAAAAAUCAUAA